AUGGGUGACCGAACUCUUUAUGUACCCUCCCAUUGGGGGAGAAACGUGCUUCCCAAUCUUCCUUUCUUUCAUAAGCUGCUUCGAUAUGCUCAGCGCAAACCUUCGCGCACAGCUGUCCGAGAUGUAAACGCAGGCUUGGAGAAAACAUACCACGACGUGCUGUCCGAUGCUCUUGCGCUUCGUGUCGAGUUGGAGAAGGUGCUUAGUCAAAAGACUCUUCGCGACCUAUCUGAAGAUAAAGAAGUCUAUAUUGGUUUACUGGCACCGGGUGGUUAUGAAUAUACUGUGGGGUUCAUUGCCAUCCUUGCUAUGGGCGCUGCAGUGGUGCCAAUGGCUGCUGGAUUACCGGUAGAAGAAGCGUCUUACUUUCUCCACAAGGCUCAAUGUGUAGCCCUGGUGGCCAGUACAACCAGCGAAGCGCUCGGCCAGUCCAUUGUCCAAUCUAUGGCUGAGAAGAAAAACUUCGCUAUUCCCUGUCUUUCGCCUAUCGCGUCGUUCUUCCUUCCUACACCCAUUUCGGCCGAGGAUGUCGUUAUUUCCUCAAACAGAAUGCUUGAUAUGAACGGUGCAAGUGCAGUGAUAUUCACAUCAGGGACGACAGGCCCGCCCAAGGGUGCAGUUCAGCGGCGUACUUGGUUGACGGGCAAUGCCGAAACCGACGCAGACUUCUAUCGAAUCACCGAGAGUGACGUCGUGCUUCACGUAUUGCCAGUUCAUCACGCCUCCGGUGUGGGACUUACAUUCCUUCCUUUCCUGACAGCCGGUGCAUGCAUCGAAUUCCGGAGCGGUGGCUUUGAUACGGCAUGGACCUGGGAGCGCUGGCGUCGUGGAGGACUGACAUUUUUCUCCGGUGUGCCCACCAUCUAUAUGCGUAUGAUGCGGUAUUAUGAGGAAAAUAUUGCCAAUCAAGCACCCAAGGUGCGUGAUGAAUACAUCGCUGGAGCGCGUAGCAUCCGCACCAUGUUAUGUGGCUCGUCUGCGCUUCCUGGCCCUGUGCAGGAAUUCUGGGAGAAUUUGCGACAGCUGCCAAUCCUGACUCGGUAUGGUGCUACGGAGUUUGGGGCAGUGAUCAAGACAGACCUGGAUCCCACGGGUACGCCACGGAACAGCGUUGGUCGAGUGGUCGAGUCGGUAUCCCUUAAGCUCGAAGAGGAUGGUCAUCUUCUUGUCAAGUGUCCCUUCAUGUUUUCAAAAUAUCUUCACGAUGAGAAAGCCACAAUGGAUGCCCACGACAAAGACGGAUACUUCAAGUCGGGUGACAUUGCCCGCAGGGAAGGGAAGUACUAUUUCAUUCUCGGUCGUGCCUCCAUCGACAUCAUCAAGUCUGGUGGUUAUAAGAUCUCGGCAUUGGAUGUUGAGCGAGAGAUUCUGGGACUGGAUUACGUUUCCGAGGUAAUGGUGGUCGGCGUUGAAGACGAAGAAUUCGGACAACGAGUAGCAGCCACCAUCAGUCUCAAGACGGACCCAAACACCACCCGCAAUAGUCUCACUCUGGCCGAGUUGAGAGAAGAUCUCCGUACCAAGUUGAACGGGUACAAGAUGCCAACUAUUUUGCGGCUGGUUAAGGGGGAAUUGCCCAAGUCAGGCACGGCCAAGGUGCAAAAGAAGAUUUUGGGACCGAAGUUCUUCCCACCAAACUAUCGUGAUAUUCCUGAGGUUCAGGUAUGGAGCAAAGAGAAGCGGUCGAAACUAUAG